GUAGCGCGUUGUGUGAGUGGUUCGAUUUUUAGGUUAUAUUCCCGUAAAUAAAACAACUUUCCUUAUUUUCUAAUCAGGUGGUGGUUUAUUAAUACAUAAAACCAAAGGUUAGUUUAGAUGGACGGCAACGAGAAGGAGAAGCCUCCAGACGAGGAUGGUGAUAACGGUAUGGACUGGGAGAAAUACACGCGCAAGCGUAACUUGGAUUUAUCACCAACCAAGCUGGAGCCUUCCCCCAAAAAAAUUGUAAUUGACCCGGCAGAGUCCGAAAAGCAGUCGGGUAAUACAAAUAGUGCAGUUGAGGAGCCCGGUACAAGUAGGAUGGUCGAGUCUCAUGCGAACAGUCAAAAAGAGUCAGUUGAAAUAAACAAAAGUAACUCAACUGAAUUUAACCCGCAUCUAUACAAACACCCCAGUCUAGACAGCAAAUCACGAGAGUAUGGUGCCAACGAUGAUGGACCUUUCAUAGUGCAUGUCUCUAGAGAGGCCGCCCCUUCCUCCAGUGCCACUCUAAAACCCAUAAAUGUAGGCCUUUUACUAACUCAGGCAAACGUCAAUAACAUCCAGAAGGACGGUGGCAUUAAAUCGGUGGGUCGCAACAGAGUAGCGGUCACUUUCUCCACAGCUGCGGAUGCAAAUAACUUCCUUAAGCACCCGCUUCUAGGCAAAAAUAAGUUUAUAGCUGAUAUCCCUUCAUAUCAUGUAUCUCGAAUGGGAGUGGUGCGAGGAGUUCCUUCAGACUGGACUAUGGAGGAAUUGGUCAAUGGAACGUCCCUUAGAGAAGGUAAAGGGAAGAUCCUUAAAGCUCGUCGACUUCAACGGAAGAUACUUAAAGAUGAUGGCUCCCCGUCUUGGGUUCCGACUCAAUCGGUAGUAGUAACUUUUGAGGGUCAAAGCUUGCCUGCCAAAAUUUUUGCAUACUACACCUCAUUAGUUGUGGACGUGUAUCAGCUGCCAAUAAUCCAAUGUAGGAAGUGCGCCAAAUGGAGCGACAUUCUACCGAACGACGUUGCGCCUUUAAUGGUCACACUUGCAGAGCGACUCACCUUUCAUAAUAGGUCACCAGGUCAACUUUUUACAAUGGAAUAGUCGGAGUAUCAUCCCAAAGAAACCAGAACUUACCCAGUUGAUCAAUGAUCAUGCUGUGUCCGUUGCGGCCAUCUCGGAGACAUGGUUACGUCCCGGGGCUCUUUUAGAGUACCGGGGUUCUCGUGCCUCCGGGAGGACCGUAGUGACGGACGUGCUGGAUGUGCGUUAUUGAUUAAACAUUGUUACCCAUUUUCUCAAAUUUCUAUCCCUCCCCACUCGGAUGGGAUUAAUGCCGUAGCUGCAAAGGUUAUGGGCAUUAAUUUCAUCUCUGUAUAUAUACCCCAUACUGAGGUAGUUGAUAUAGACGAAUUGCAUUCUAUUCUCUCAUCUGUACCACACCCUCUGGUAAUUCUAGGAGACUUCAAUUGCCACAAUAUCUCUUGGGGAUCAUACCAUUCCGAUGCUUUUUCAACAGCUCUGCUGGAUUUAUUUGAUGACAUUAACGUGGGAGUCAUUAACGACGGUACCCCCACGCAUCGGGUUUACCCAGGUCAGAACCCCCAAUCUGUUCUGGAUCUGACUGUAUGUUCGCCGAACCUAUCGUCCUUGUUAUCGUGGAGGGUUUUGCGCCAAUCAUAUGGUAGUGAUCAUUUUCCGAUAAUUAUCACUAAACCAACGUCGAUCCUCCCUUCACCACCGCCAGAGCCGCUGCUGAAAUACAAAAUACAGUCAGCAGACUGGCCCAAUUAUGCUUUUUUUGUCGAAGAGAGUAUCAAAGAGAGGAACCCCACUGAGAUGGACCAAGAGGGAAAGUAUACGUACUUCAAAAAUAUCAUUUUGGAAGCUGCCGACAAAUUUAUCCCGAAAAAGAAGCCUGCCAGGGUUAAA